CUGAGUUAGGAUAUCGGCAGGGGGGAGAGGAGGCAGAGGACCAGCGGGCUGCUCUCAGAUGGAGCACCAGGGCUCCGGGAGCUCAGGGCGCACGGCGGACCCGGAGUGAAUGACACCGGUGGAUGGACGCUGCUCCCCGGUUCAGGCUGUUCACAGCACGGCCAUGACGGGCACCCAUGACCCAGACCUGCAUGAGCAGCACAGAGGACCAACGCAGGAGGAGGGGGAUGAGGAGGAGGAGGAGGGGGAGAAGGUGCAUGUGUCAGUUGAGGGAGAUGAGAGGGAGCAGGAAGAAGAGGAAGAGGAGGAGGAGGAGGAGGAAAAAGAGGAGCUGCCGUACCCCACUCUAGCACCAGUGGUUCUUUUGGCUCUGACCCAAACCAGCCCACCCCGCUCCUGGUGCCUCCGAGCUGUCUGCCACCCAUGGUUCGAGCGUGUGAGCAUUUUGGCCAUCCUCCUGAACUGCGUGACACUCGGGAUGUUCCAGCCCUGUGACCGCACACCCUUCCUGCUGCAGGCUCUGGAUGAUGGCAUCUUUGUGUUUUUUGCCGGGGAGAUGGUGAUGAAGAUGGUGGCUCUGGGGAUCAUAGGUCAGAGCGGCUACCUCAGCGACACGUGGAACCGAUUGGACUUCUUCAUUGUUGUGGUGGGAAUGCUGGAGUACUCGCUUGAUGGACACAACGUCAGCCUGUCAGCCAUUAGGACCGUCCGGGUGCUCCGCCCACUACGAGCCAUCAACAGAGUUCCCAGCAUGCGUAUCCUGGUGACCCUCCUCCUCGACACACUUCCCAUGCUGGGCAACGUGCUGGCACUGUGCUUCUUCGUCUUCUUCAUCUUUGGCAUCGUCGGCGUGCAGCUGUGGGCGGGGCUACUGAGGAACCGCUGUUUCAUGGGAGAGGAUGUCAAAAUGAGAUAUAACAUCUCCUUCCUGAGUGGCUACUAUAAGCAAGAUGGCACUGAUGACCACCCGUUCAUCUGCUCAAUGGACAGAGAGAACGGGAUGCUUCGAUGCUCGGAUGUUCCUCGCCGCCGUGUGGGCAGGACUUACUGCCUCCUGAGUCCUGAGGAGGCCCGGACAGAGGAGGGACUCAGAGGAGACGAUUCAGGGUCAUGUGUGAACUGGUACCAGUAUUACAACGAGUGUCUGACCGGCGAAGUAAACCCCCACAAAGGAGCUAUUAACUUUGACAAUAUUGGAUAUGCAUGGAUUGCCAUUUUUCAGGUGAUCACUCUGGAAGGUUGGGUGGACAUCAUGUACUAUGUCAUGGAUGCACACUCUUUCUACAACUUCAUCUACUUUAUCUUCCUCAUUAUAGUGGGCUCCUUCUUCAUGAUCAAUCUGUGCCUGGUCGUCAUAGCAACCCAGUUUUCUGAAACAAAGCAGAGGGAACACGCCUUAAUGAAAUCGGAGCAGCGCGCCCGGCAGCUCCACCAAUCGGCUUCUACGCUGGCCAGCGACAGCCAACCAGGGAGCUGCUACGAGGAGAUCAUCCGCUACCUGGGGCACCUGGGCCGCAAGGCGUGGCGGCGCCUGGGCCGCUGCGUCGCUGGGACACGAAAACACUUCCACUGCGUGUGUCAGAAAGACCCUGGAGGCGGAGCCAGCAGGGGGGGCGGAGCUGGGGAGAUGAACGGACUCGCUAACCGGCACUCGGGCCACGUUCCCAACGACCUGUCACACCUUCAUCAGCUUUAUCACCAGCAUCACCAGCAUCAUCAUCAUCAUCACCACCAGCAGCCCCCCCAGCCUCAGCAGGAGCCUGAGGUGAGAAACGGAGGGAAUGGUUUUAAUUAUCCCUUCAUAUCGCCCCUCCUCAGCCACCUGGAUGCAAAGGCCCGGGACAAGAAGAGGCUGGUUGCCAAGGAGACUGUCAACAGACUGCCACAGCUGGUGCUGGAGCAUGGUGGGUGUACCGGGCAGCCUGGGUUACCGUUGCCAGGUGAAGUCCCAGGAGACUCCUCAGUAUGCCCGUACUGCAUCUACUACAACCAACUGAGUGAUAGUGAAAAUGUUAAUGAGCAUCCUGAAGAUCAGCAUCAUGGGUACAGCAAGUCAUGCCAUGGCAACAGCCCGUGUCAUAGUAGCAGCCCAUGCCACUGUAGCAGCCCCCCUCGCCGCGUCGAUGCUCAGGUGUCGGAGCCGAAGAAAAGGCUGUACAAGCGCUGCUGGGCGGGACUCCAAUCUAAACUGGAACUCAUCGUUUCCAGCAGAUACUUCAGCAGAGGGAUCAUGAUUGCCAUCCUCAUUAACACACUGUCGAUGGGCAUAGAGUACCACGAACAGCCGAAGGAGCUGACAGAUAUUUUGGAGAUCAGUAACAUGGUGUUCACCAGUCUGUUCAGUCUUGAGAUGCUGCUGAAGCUGGCAGCUCUCGGGCUCUUUGGCUACAUCAAGAACCCCUACAACGGCUUCGACAGCGUCAUUGUCAUCAUCAGUGUGUGGGAGAUUAUGGGUGAGGCAGAGGGAGGCUUGUCGGUGCUUCGUACCUUCAGACUGCUGAGGGUUUUGAAGCUGGUCCGCUUCCUUCCUGCUCUGAGGAGGCAGCUGGUGGUGCUGGUGAAGACCAUGGACAAUGUGGCCACAUUCUGCAUGUUGCUGAUGCUCUUUAUAUUCAUAUUCAGUAUCUUGGGAAUGCAUUUGUUCGGCUGCAAAUUCGGUUUGCGACAAGACACUGGAGACACCUUACCUGACAGAAAAAACUUUGACUCUCUGCUCUGGGCGACUGUCACUGUGUUUCAGAUCCUCACUCAGGAGGACUGGAACGCCGUGCUCUAUAAUGGGAUGGCCUCCACCACGCCGUUGGCCGCCCUCUACUUUGUAGCCCUCAUGACCUUCGGCAACUACGUCCUCUUCAACUUGCUUGUAGCCAUUUUGGUGGAGGGCUUUCAGGCCGAGGGUGAUGCCAACAGAUCCGAGGCGGAUGACGAGAGGCAGUCGCUCUGUUACGAGGAUGAGGAGAAGUUGAGAGAGAUGUACGCUGCAGAGCUCAAGAUCCAGGCCAUGAUGUUGAGUCCCAAUGGUCUCCUGAACCCAAAGGCCUCCAUGCCCCAGCUCCACCUCCCCCCUCCUCCUCUGCCCGUCAUCACACACACGGCAGCCACGCCCACCAUCAACUACAGCCAGUCGCGGCGGGCGAGCGGCGUCUCCAUGGACGUCCACAGCCUGGAGCUGAGGUCUCCGUUGGCUACACAGGAUCCAUGGGAGAGCCGGCGCUCCAGCUGGACGAGCAUCAGCCGAGCCUCCAGCCUGCACCGGAGGAGCCAGUCGGGGGAGAUGGAGUCGCUGCUGUCCGACACACACACCAGCUCCAACUACAGCAGCAGGGACCAGUCUCUGGACCAGGCGGACUACCUGCAGGUGCCCGUGCUCCACUCCCCCGACUGCAACGGCACCACCUUCCACCUCCCGGACCCCGACGACGCUAACGUGAGCACAAACUGCAGCGACACCCAGGACGAGGAAGAUAUUGAAGAGAGUUUCUGUAAGAAGUUGAAGAAGAUUCUGGAGCCAUACGAGCCUCAGUGGUGCCUGGACCAUGAAGAGUGGUCUCUCUAUGUGUUCGCUCCUCACAACCAGUUGAGGCUGUGGUGUCAGAGGGUCAUCGGACACAAGCUGUUCGAUCAUGUCAUCCUCCUCUUCAUCUUCCUUAAUUGCAUCACUAUUGCACUGGAGAGACCCGACAUAUCGUCCAACAGCAUGGAGCGAGUGUUCCUCAGUGUGUCCAAUUACAUCUUCACUGUGAUCUUCGUGGGUGAAAUGAUGAUCAAGGUGGUUGCUUUGGGCCUGUACUUUGGAAAGGGUGUGUACCUGCAGAGCAGCUGGAAUAUUUUAGAUGGAAUUCUGGUGUUUGUGUCCAUGGUGGACAUCCUGGUCUCCCUCGCCUCAUCAGGUGGAAAUCGAAUCUUAGGAAUCCUGCGUGUGCUUCGUCUGCUCCGCACAUUGCGGCCACUCAGGGUGAUAAGUCGGGCUCCUGGUCUCAAACUGGUGGUGGAGACUCUGAUCACGUCUCUCAGACCCAUCGGGAAUAUCGUCCUCAUCUGCUGUGCUUUUUUCAUUGUGUUUGGAAUUCUGGGAGUCCAGCUGUUUAAAGGGAAGUUCUUCCACUGCGAGGGGCUGGAUGUGAGCAACAUCACCAAUAAAACCCACUGCCUGGGGUCGGGAUACAGAUGGGUUCGACGGAAAUACAACUUUGACAACAUAGGACAGGCGCUGAUGUCGCUGUUUGUUCUGUCAUGUAAAGAUGGAUGGGUCAGCAUCAUGUAUGACGGCCUGGACGCUGUCGCAGUGGACCAGCAGCCAAUAAGAAACAACAACCCCUGGAUGCUGCUGUUUUUCAUCUCUUUCCUCCUCAUCGUCAGCUUCUUUGUGCUCAACAUGUUUGUGGGUGUGGUGGUGGAAAACUUUCACAAGUGUCGCCAGCAGCAGGAGGAGGAGGAGGCGCGGAUUAGGGAGGAGAAACGACUGAAACGCCUGGAGAAGAGGAGGAGAAGUGAGAUAUGGGAGGGCGCAGGGGCCCAGGAGAAGCCAUAUUUCGCAGACUACUCCCCGUUGCGUCGAUCCAUCCACACCGUGUGCACCAGCCACUACCUGGACCUCUUCAUCACCAUCAUCAUCUUCACAAACCUCAUCACCAUGAGCAUGGAGCACUACAACCAGCCUAAGUACUUCGAGGAGAUACUGAAGUACUGCAAUUACGUCUUCACGGUGGUUUUUGUCAUCGAGACCAUUCUCAAACUCCUCGCUUUUGGGCUGCGCCGCUUUUUCAAAGAGAGAUGGAACCAGUUGGACCUCGCCAUUGUGUUGAUGUCCAUCAUGGGAAUCGCUCUGGAGGAAAUUGACCUGAAUGCUUCCCUCCCCAUCAACCCCACCAUCAUACGCAUCAUGCGCGUCUUAAGGAUAACAAGAGUGCUGAAGCUGUUGAAGAUGGCUACAGGAAUGAGGUCUCUGUUGGACACGGUGAUGCAAGCGCUGCCUCAGGUGGGGAAUCUGGGUCUGCUCUUCAUGUUGCUGUUCUUCAUCUAUGCAGCUCUGGGAGUUGAGCUCUUUGGAAAACUGGAGUGUUCAGACGAUAACCCAUGUGAGGGCCUCAGUCGCCACGCCACCUUUGACAACUUCGGCAUGGCUUUUCUCACACUCUUCAGGGUGUCUACCGGGGACAACUGGAAUGGGAUUAUGAAGGAUACGUUGCGAGAGUGUCGUCCUAAUGAACGCCACUGCCUCACCUACCUUCCUCUGAUCUCCCCCGUUUACUUCGUGACCUUCGUCCUGACGGCUCAGUUCGUGCUGGUCAAUGUGGUUGUGGCCGUUCUGAUGAAGCACCUCGAGGAGAGCAACAAGGAGGCUGCGCUGGAGGAGAUGGAGGAGAGGAAGGAGAAGGAGGAGAUGAAGGAGAGGGAGGAGAUGAAGGAGAGGGAGGAGAGGGAGGCGGCCUGCCGGCGCCUCAGUUCUGCGUCUGUUGGUGGAGAGCAUCCUAACGUGGACACACCUGCCCAGGUGCAGGUUGAGGAUGAGGAUUGUUCCCAUGGCAACCUGCUGAGCAUAGGACGCAAGCCGUCUCUCCCCAGCGACAGCUACGCUCAGCCACUCAGAUGCUCCCCCUAUCCUCCCAUCUGCCACGAGGCGUACUCCGGCUACAGCUACUCAGGCUCCAUGAGCUCUCUGUGCUCCAGUGGAGGCGGCUCCAUGCUGCAGGUUCCCGGAGCUCUGCCGGCCUUCAGCCACGCCUCGCUGGGGGUCGGACGCAGCUCCAGGCCAAAGAUCUGCCUCAGCAACGCUCAGAGCAUCGACAAACACUUCACACACAGACUCACCCCUGCUGACAGCAUCGAGGGGUACAGGUCGAGCCCGGCUCACGGAAUAAACCGGCACAGACUCAGCUCUGCUCACAGCAUAGAUGGAUACAAGCUGAGCCCGGCCCAUCGAAUAAACAGACACAGACUCAGCUCCACUCGCAGUAUGGACGGUUACAGGCACCAUCCAGACAGCAACGCAGACAGACCUAAACUCACCUCCAGCCACAGCAUAGACAGACAACCCUCACUCAGACUGAGUCCCACCCACAGUGCCAGCAGACAUUCUUCUCGGUGGCUCAGUCCUGAAGAAAGUUUGGACCGAAACAUGCUGAGCCCCUCUUAUGUUCCCGAUAACUCGGGCCUGAAGAGACCAGCAUCCUUCCGCAGAGCAAGCAAAGUGUUACAGAGACAGGCGGCUGUGCGCUGUGACUCCAUGGAUCAGAGCGGUUCAACGGACGACUUGGCAGAGCCUCCCCUCACUGUGACCGCUGUCUCUUCCACACCACCACGCCAGAGAUCUUCUAGUGUACACACACUGAAAUUCACACACCCCCAGAGGGUCAUCUCAUGCAGGAGUAACAGCCGGAGCAAUAGUGAAACCACUGGGCAAGAACAUGUACCCGAGCAGGCCAUCUGCGGCUCUCAGCCAGGAGCAGAUGUGGAGAAGAGGCCUGUCAGCCCACAGAGACCCUCCAGCCUGAAGGUGCCCAGCUGUGAAUCCACCUCAUCGAAGACCCUCUGCAGAGCGGCCAGCCUCAGCCCGGACCCCGGCCCACAGUCAGACACCACAGACGAGGAAGUCGGCCACAUUAACAGUUCUGAUCACUCACACUCACAACUCCCUCCUGGCUCCCCACACAAAAGCAGACACCUUACCCCUAGCCCCGUGGAGCACAGGAGUCGCCUCAGCCAAUCAGUGUCUCCGGUGUCGGGCAGGAACAGGAAGCAGAGGGUGAGCCCGCCGCCAGGAGAGGAGCCCAUUACUAUGGCAACCCAGGUGAUGGACAGCAGUUCUGAGCUGAGGAGGCGGACUCUGUCAUUUGACGCCACGACCCUCUCUCCUAAUCAGCCAGAGGGGGGUUCUGUGGACGACUGAAUAAACUCUUUAUGAUCAUAUUGUUGAAGAGGAGGAGCCUGAUGUGCUGCCGAAGCACACGAAGGGCGGGAGUUACAGUCCGAAACAGGAAGGAUACCUGUUUCCUGUUAUGGGCACAUCUCCUCGUCCCCUCCCGUCCAAUCACAAGAGUUUCACAGGGUGAUUGAGCAGAAAUAUUUCGGACUGUGUGUGUAUGAGUGUGUAUCUGUUCAAAGACUUUACCCGUUGUGCUUUCUGCACAAAACAUGCACAUAAGAAGACGUUUCCGUUUCUUCUAUCAUAGUCCUAGCUUUAGUUGAGACAUAGUUGUCCCGCCCCUGCUAUAUUUACUCAAACAUUAACCUUCCCCUUGCUUGCUCUCCUUCUUCUGCCCUCACUCUCAUCCUUUUCACGCACCUCAAGCCUAGGUCAAAGUACAAGACAAAAUUACCUGAAAUAUGCAGCACAGUUACAGUUUCUGACUAAUCUGCUCAUGUACACAUAUGUUAAAAAACAAUAACACAGCAACUAACUUCUUUUAAAUAGCGACUAAUCUGCAGAUUAUUUC